AAGCGACCCCGAUGGCAGGGACCCUUCCGCCCCUACGGCCCCGAUCUAAUCUACAUCUCCGUCAGCACUUCGGCUGCGGUUGAGGUAGAUCUCACGAAACUUACUAAUCCUCAGGUCGCAUGGAUUUCCAAGCAUCAUCUUGCUAAGCAGCAAGAGUGCAUCAUGUCAAAGAUCUUGUGCAGCUCUAGUCGCAGGAUGAUAGCUAUAAAGAGCAACGCGAUAUCCGGCCCAAUGCUACUUUUCUCACCAUCGCAUAACACAAUCCACCUGUGCAGAACAUCCCAAGUCUUCAUUCCCAUCAGUCCAGACUUAUCUCGAGCUCAAACCGUCUGAAAGCCUCAAAAUGUCUCUUCAAGCCUCCCUCCAAAGCGCCUACGCCGACUUCCAAAAGGCGGCCCCAGCCCCCGUCAUCGACACCUUCAACUCCGGCGUGCAAGCCCUGCAAGACUCCUUCGACGCCAGCAAAGCCAUUCAGCCUGGCCAGAAUUUGCCUGAGUUUACUCUCCAAGAUGCAACCGGCAACGCCGUCACCAGCACCAGUCUCCUAGCCAAGGGCCCCCUCCUGCUGUCCUUCUACCGCGGGGAAUGGUGCCCCUUCUGCAACCUCGAGCUACGGGCUCUGCAGUCCCGCCUGCCCGAAUUCACCGCCGCGGGCGUCACCCUUGCUGCCGUCUCCCCGCACCUCCCUGACACUUCCCUGUCCGUGGCGGAGAAGCACGCGCUCGAGUUUCCCGUGCUCUCGGACGUAGGGAACCAGCUCGCCCGCCAGCUGGGGAUCGUCUGGAAGCAGCCUGAGGCGUUCGGUCCGAUCCUGGCCGGCUUUGGGGUCGAUUGGGAAAAGAAGUACGGCGAUCAGAGCUUGGAGGUGCCGAUCCCGGCGACCGUGCUCGUGGGCGCGGACGGGGUGGUGCGCAAUGUGUUCUUGGAUCCGGAUUACACGAAGCGGUUGGAGCCGGAGACCGCUCUGGAGUGGGUUCGGGCUCUUUAG